AUGUAUCUUCAAAAUCAAAGCUCGGUUAAAGAAUUCACACUUAGUGGUCUCUCCCAUUUACAUGAAUUUCAGAUUAUUUUCUUUGUCUUAUUUCUGGCCCUGUAUGUAAUGACUUUAUCAGGGAACCUUCUCAUUAUCACAGCGGUCCAUGUUGAUCCACGUCUGCGCUCACCUAUGUAUUUUUUUCUCAGCAACUUGUCUUUCUUGGACAUGUGUUAUUCAUCUGUCACCAUCCCAAAGAUGCUGAUUAAUGUCUUAUCAAAUCAAAAGACUAUCUUGUUUAACCACUGCAUAUCCCAGCUAUUCUUCCUUCAUUUAUUUGGUGGCACAGAAUGUUUCCUUCUGACUGUCAUGGCAUAUGACCGCUAUGUAGCUAUCUGUAAUCCACUCAGAUAUCAUAUUGUCAUGAACUACAAAUUGUGCUGUUGGCUGGUGGCAUUUACUUGGCUGGCAGGUUUCUUGCAUUCUUUCACUCAAGCUUUUCUCACCUACCAGCUGCCAUUCUGUGGUCCAAACAAGAUUAACCACUUCUUCUGUGAUGUCCACCCACUAGCUGUACUGGCCUGUUCUGACACCUUCUUUAUUGAUAUAUUUAUUAUAGCCAACAGUGGGAUGAUUUCACUCAGCUGCUUUUGUGUGCUCUUGUUCUCCUACCUUGGAAUCAUAACCACAAUCUUAAAGAUUCAUUCAUCAGAAGGGAGACGUAAAGCGUUCUCUACAUGUGCUUCCCAUCUCCUAGUUAUUACAUUUUUUCUUGGACCAUCUGUAUUUAUCUAUUUGAGGCCACCGGUUAACUAUGCAGCAGACAAGCUGGUGUCUGUACUGUAUACAGUACUGACACCUCUACUAAAUCCUAUUAUCUACACACUAAGAAACCAGGAGGUCAAAAACGCUAUCAGAAAAACCUUCAGAAACAAACUUCCCCCCCAAUAUCCAAAGCAAGCAGACAUGAAAAACAGCAGAAAUCAAUAA